AUGCUCUUCGCCGGAGUUCGUCCUGGAGGUCACGCCUUCAAUCCAGUGGUUUGUGCGUGGGCGGGAGCCGGAUCACCGAGGAGGGCGGAAGCCUGGCUUUGGAAAGCCAUGGAGGGGGGCCUGAAGCCAAGCAAGGCGGCACUAGAGAAGACUCUUGCGGCCUAUGCGUCAGCAGACGGUGAGGGCCUCGAUCGCAUGAAGCGGCUGAUGACCUCCCUUGGAUCCUGGCCAAAGGCUUGGGCAACGGCCAUCAUCUCCAAGCCGUAUGCCGCUGCCGGGGAUUUCGGAUCCGUGGAGCAGAUGCUGGAAGAGCUCCAGGCUGCUGGUGAGGCUCCGGAUGCUUCCUGUUUCAAGGUGCUCCUUAUGGCCUAUGCACGUGGACCGCGCACCCUGGAUGCUCGCGUGGAAGUUUGUUUGGAGCGGCUUUGGGCUCUGAAGACCCUCUGGACGAAGCAGGAAGAGGCGGAGGUUCUCGGGGAUGCCCGUCGCGCGCUGGGCAAAGAGAGAUAUGAUCAAUUGGCACGGAAGCUGGGAUUGCGAACUCCUCCGCGGAUCACAGGCGAAAGGCACUCGCGAGCUCGAGUUGUGGGAACUUGGCAUGAAAUUCACCCAGCGGAGUGA